GCGGACAGUGCGGAACUGAAGGUUGAAAGAAUUAGUUUCCUACUAAUGAAGGUGGAGAUUACUGGUGGUACUCAUCAGAAGGGAAACUGAGCAAUAUGGCAAAUGGUUAUGAGCCUUAGAGUGUCAGAGCUCCAAGUGUUAUUAGGCUAUGCUGGACGGAACAAACACGGUCGUAAACACGAACUCCUGACAAAGGCACUGCAUUUAUUGAAAGCUGGCUGCAGCCCAGCUGUUCAGAUGAAAAUUAAGGAACUAUAUAGGCGGAGAUUUCCACAGAAGAUUGUGACUCCCACCGAUUUGAGCCUUUCUUCUGUCCAUGCAACUUCAGCUUCCAUGACCACGCCACUGUCGCCAUCUGCUAUCCCACAGCUCUCCUAUGAUGGGCAUGCAACAACAUCUCCGCUGCUUGCUGUUUCACUGUUGGGACCUAAACAUGAACUAGAUCUGCCACACCUGACAUCAUCACUCCAUCCUGUUCAUCCUGAUGUAAAACUGCAGAAAUUGCCUUUUUAUGACAUUCUCGAUGAGCUCAUCAAACCAACUAGUCUCGCCUCAGAUAAUGGCCAGCGGUUUCAGGAGACUUGUUUUGCAUUCGCACUGACACCACAACAAGUUCAACAGAUUAGCAACUCAAUGGACAUAUCGGGGACCAAGUGUGACUUCACAGUACAGGUUCAGUUACGGUUUUGUUUAUCAGAAACGAGUUGUCCACAGGAAGAUCAUUUUCCCCCAAAUCUAUGUGUGAAAGUAAAUGGAAAAACUUGUAACCUUCCAGGCUAUCUACCACCAACCAAAAAUGGUGUUGAACCAAAGCGACCCAGCCGACCGAUCAACAUUACCUCACUAGUCAGAUUGUCCACGACGGUGCCGAACACUAUUGUGGUUUCGUGGUCAGCAGAAAUUGGAAGAAGCUAUUCCAUGGCAGUUUACCUUGUAAAACAGUUGUCUUCUGCUGUGUUGCUUCAAAGACUACGAGCAAAAGGAAUAAGGAACCCAGACCAUUCCAGAGCAUUAAUCAAAGAGAAAUUAACAGCUGAUCCUGAUAGUGAAAUCGCCACAACCAGUUUGCGGGUAUCUCUGUUGUGUCCUCUGGGCAAAAUGCGUUUGACGAUCCCAUGUCGUGCUAUAACCUGCUCGCAUCUCCAGUGCUUUGAUGCAACACUUUACAUUCAGAUGAAUGAGAAAAAACCUACGUGGGUUUGUCCAGUGUGUGAUAAGAAGGGUCCUUAUGAACAUCUAAUUAUUGAUGGAUUAUUUAUGGAAAUCCUCAGUUGUUGCACAGACUGCGAUGAAAUUCAGUUUAAGGAAGAUGGAGCGUGGUCACCGAUGAGAAUGAAGAAGGAAGUUCAGGAAGUGAAUUCUUCUUUUAAUGGAGUGGAUGGUGCAUGUCCAAGCUUACCUGAGCAGAGGCAUUCAUCACAAGAUAGUAGGAAAGUUGAAGUGAUUGAUCUGACACUCGACAGUUCAUCAGAUGAAGAGGAAGAUGAGCCACCUGCGAAGAGAUACCCUGCAAUUUCUUCUCCAUCACCACCCAUUAACAAAGGGGUUUUAAAUCUGCACCAUCAGACAUCACCAGUCACAAGAACUCCCAGUAUACCUACUCUGGACACAAACUUUAUUUCUGCUCCUUUUCAAGACUACCGUCACUCUUACCAUUUACCAACUCUGCCGUAUGAACUGCAAGGUUUAGAUCUAUUUCCCUUCUUGCAAGGGGACAAUCAGCAUUACAGCACCUCCCUCCUUGCUGCUGCGGCUGCCGCAGCAAGUGCAUCCGAAGAUCAGGACCUCAUUCACUCCUCACUCAAUCGAUUCUUUCCGUACAGCUCUUCGCAAAUGUUCCUGGAACAACCAAACUCGGCACCUGCCAACGCGUUGGCAGUGACCAACGGCAGCAGCAGUGGGAGCAACAGCAGCCUCGUCUCCUCCAGCAGCUUGCGGGAAAACCUCGGACAUCCUGGGGCUACCCGGAGCAGUGUGGAAAGCGGCACCAUUUUUGGCACCAUCCCAGAUGUUAUUUCAUUGGACUGACAUUUGAAAUAAUGGAUAAUUUUUUUGUGGUGGGGCUGGGAAAGGGAGAGAAAGAAGGAAAAAAGUCUGGUUUGUUUCACCUUUUAAAAAAAAAUUUAGAAGUGUAGAGACCCUUUUUUUAAAUAAACACAAAAUUUAAAAAAAAGACACCAUGUACAGAGAACAAAAUACUAUAUUUUCAGUUAACUUUUGUAUAUAAAUUCAAGACUGUCUGUCUUUUAAGGUUAUUUCAGUUUACUUUGUGAAAGCAGAGUUUUUACGAUGUAUGUGUCUGUUCCGUGAUAUUACUUUUUGUAUUUGUUGUUCAAUGACAUUACUUCCACAGUUGACAUUAUUUGAAUUAGAAACUUUUCAUUCUUGUACUUCACUGUAGAAUAUUUCUUUUGGAAAGAACUGAAAUGUCAAUGGUUGAUGACAAUACUUUCCUUUUUUUUUUGUGCAAAUAAUUUUAUUAUUCUUUAAGUUAUGUAAAGUAUCUUGACUGUUUCUCAUAUCAUUCCCUCUGCGUUAGCAGGACGUAACUUUGGGGAAUGCACAGUACCGUACAGUUCUUUCACAAAAAAAAAGGCCAUUUCUGGUAAACAUUUGGGGAGGGUGCAGGUGAAGAUUAUGGACGACCCUUUCACAAAUUCCACACAUUGCUUUUUUUUUAUAUAAAGUAGCAUUUUUUUUCAAGCAUUAAGGAAUUGUAAUAAGGGAGAGAAUGCAUCCUUAUGUUGACCCGUCUUAUUUUCCCUGAAAAGCUCUCACUGCAGAAUGCUUCCAGUUUGCAUACCUGUUAUUUUUCAUUUCACUUCAUACACAUGCACUGUUUCCUGACCAGGCAUUGUCAUACUACAGCCAGCUUGCUGGGAAGAUGCCUGAUUUUGGGUGUGGAAUUUCCCCCUGUAUUUCAAAUGCCCCAUUUACCCAAGCACUAGCUUCUACUGCAUGCUCCCAGUUGAACCUGGACUGCCAGAUUUUGGGAAUUGUUGGUGUCCUGAUGCAUCGCCCCCCAACUAACCGCACUGCCCCUCGUAUGACCCUCAGCUUUUGUUUUCAUUCAUGUUUCUGUAGUCUGUUCCUUGUUCAGUGUGUUAGGAUCUUUGCCAAGUGUGGACAUAACCAACCAAAUUGCUUCACCCCCCUCAAUAAAUGUUCCCCAUUCUCCUUCAGGUUGUGACUUCUGUCUCUCAAAUCCUUGAAUCUAAUAGAAUUCUCAAACAAAUAGUUGGAAUGUACUCAGAAUAAGGUUUACUAAAGAAAGUAAAUGUUUUCUCUCCACCUUUCACCUGUCUUGCUGUUAUACAGUGGUCCAAUAGUUCGUUUCCAAGUGCACUGGGAGGUUUGACGCAGUGUUCUGUUGGUAUGUUUGAAAGGGUGUAAGCGACCCAGUGCUGCUCAAAGCCAAAAGGUUCAAAAACACCCCAUGCUGAAUUUCCUGCCGACUCUAUUAACUCAUCACAAUCUAGCAUGGGCAGUUUUAAUUGGCCACAACACCUCUUGGAGUGAAGGGGUAAAUCUUGUUGGGGGUGUUCUUCCUGAUGAAUGUCCAUUGACCUGUAUUUGAAGUACACACGCUAGGACUAAGUUCAUCCAUAACAUGCUAAUUCCUUUCACUCCUACAUCCAACACACUGCAACCUACCCAGUAGAAGACCUGGCAAAGAUUAGUGGCCACUGGAAGGUGAUGGGCUUCUGUGUAACCAUAUAACAGCAAACAGGAGCAAGGAUGGUAAAUAGCAAGUUAUAACCAAAAGGGGCAAAUGUUGGGUGAUGAAAGUGAGUUCUUGAAAACUUUGGAAGGUGCAGAGCAGCAACAGUGUGUCUGUCUCAGCUGCUGCUUUUGUAAACUUAAGGUUAAAUCAGCUUCUGUUCUGUAAUCCAAGGACUCAUCUGUAUUUUGCAAGUCAUUGAAAAUAAUACAGGGGCGAAAAGCUGAAGGGAGCUAAGUGGUUUAUUGAAUGUGAAUCACUAUUGGGUGUAGUUUGGCCACAAGCUCAUAAGGUGUUAGCUGCUGGGGAGAUGGUUCAUGCUUUCAUCAAGAUUUUGUUCCUGGUAUUUUCCAUGUUUUGUGAACUCCGUUUUCAAAUAGGACUGAAUUGAAAAAAAGUUUGGUUCAUUGGAAAGCAAUACUUGGAUUCAAGUGGUGCUCUUGUCAAUGACAGGGUUAUCUGUGUCUUAACACAGCUGCAUCUUUCAGAUCAUCAGCUGCACUUUGACAAGUGAAGAGAAUUUUAAAAGGAGUAAGCCAGCUUGUACACAUUACUUACCUACUGUUUUUGUAUAGUAGGGUAUUCUAGAAGUUUGCAGUAUUGAGAGUCUAUUUAAUUUGCACCAGAAAUGUCAUUGUAAACCAGAUUCUCCAAGCAUGGAAACUCCCCUCUUCUGCGAAUUUGUAAAUUCUGUUGAUCUCUUUGAGGGUGUCAAAGAUAAUUCUGAUACUUUUACUGCCUUAAAUCUUUCACAGUGCUGGCUUCCGUGACUGCAUGCCAAACCAGAGAAAUGGCUUUUUUUUUAAAUAAUUGAGUAUAGUAGACCAGUGUCGGUUUGUAUAAAGUACCACGUGAAAAUAUUUAUUUCAUGCAUUGGAAAAGAAUUGUUUACUUAAUGAAUGUUACCUGUUAAUGUAGAGAUCUUUUAGAUGUAAUAAAGCAGCAGAAAGUUCCCAGUAAUGGAAUUUGGACUUUUCCUUUC